CUGUGUCUGACCCGUGUACUUCCCUCCCUCCUCCUGACCGGUCCUCAGGCCGACAUGGUGAACAGCAGGGUGGAGGCACCCACGGUGGCCGUGAUGGGGAGUGGCGGGGGGACGGCGGGCAGGUCAUGCGCAGGAUGUGGAGGACGAAUCGCCGAUCGCUUUCUGCUCUUCUCCAUGGAGCGGUACUGGCACACACGCUGCCUGAAAUGCUCCUGCUGUCACGCCCAGCUGGGCGAGUACAGCAGCACCUGCUACAGUAAAGGUGGCAUGAUCCUCUGCAAGAACGACUACAUCAGACUGUUUGGACACAGUGGAGCCUGCAGCGCUUGUGGACAAUCCAUACCCGCCAGUGAGAUGGUGAUGCGAGCACAAGGCAAUGUUUACCACCUGAAGUGUUUUACCUGUGCAACCUGCAGGAACCGCCUGGUUCCCGGUGAUCGCUUUCAUUACAUCAACGGGACGAUCUUCUGUGAACAUGACCGGCCGGGAGGAGGCCUGCUCAGUGGACACUCUGCUCCACUGCAAGCAAAUGGCAUUAUGUCUGAUCAGAAGGUGAGAAGUCAUUUUCUGCUUGUUGACCCUCAUGCAUAUUGA